AUGGAUCCCCGUUCGUGGUUCAGCAGCUUGACCGGCUACUUUGUCUACAUCCUCUCCGUCGCUACUCUCGGCCCCCUGCUCUUCGGCUUCCACUUGUCUGAGCUCAACGCGCCCGAAGAUGUCAUCCGUUGCAAGAAAAAGUCCAUUACAGCUGCCGUUGCAGGCCCGAGCCUCCCACAAUGUAUUGAGAUGACACCCACAGAAUGGGGCGUCGUGGGCUCGCUAUACACGCUCGGAGGCCUCAUAGGCGCCCUUUCGGCCGGUCCGCUCGCGACAAGGCUCGGCCGCCUGAGAGCCAUGCAGAUGUCGACCAUCUUCUUCGUGGUUGGCCCCGUCUUUGAGGCCCUGAGCCCAAACAUUGCCGUCAUGGCUUUCGGAAGGCUGUUGUCAGGAGUCGCGGCGGGAGCAUCUGUCGUGAUUGUGCCCCUCUACAUCUCAGAGAUCGCUCCUCCUGCUGAGAAGGGCUUCUUUGGCGCCUUUACACAGAUUGGCUGCAACGUUGGCAUUCUCAUCACGCAGCUGUUGGGCUACUUCUUGAGCCACGACUCAUACUGGAGGCUUAUUUUGGCCAUUGGGGGCGUCAUUGGCGCUGUGCAAGGCGCGGGAUUGCUCUUAUCCGUCGAGAGCCCCAAGUACAUUUCCGAGCAGGGCAACGUGUCUCUUGCAAAGAAGACUCUACGCAAGAUUCGUGGCGAACAUGCAGACAUUGAGGAUGAGAUGCGCAAUUGGGGAACGUCAGAUUCGUCCCAUGUUAACGAGGAGGAGCAAACGCUACUAAGCCCUAAUGCGUCAACCGACGCCGGGCCGAAGCAGUCUGGCAAAGAGGGAAAUCUGAGCAUCAUGCAGGUCUUCCGCCAUUCCGACUAUCAAAAGGCUGCCAUCGCCGUCAUCAUGGUGAUGCUGGCCCAGCAGUUCAGCGGUAUCAACAGCAUCGUCAUGUAUGGAGUCUCGCUGCUAGCAGGUCUGCUCGAAUCCAACUCGGCCCUGCUCAACCUUGCCGUUUCGGCGUUGAACAUUAUCGUGACAGCUAGCUGCGCGCCCCUUGCCGACAAGCUGGGUCGUAAGGUGUGCCUGCUGAGCUCCCUUGCCAUUAUGGGGUCCAGUUCGCUUCUACUUGCCAUUGGUAUCAUCAAGGCGAUUCCUGUGCUCUCAGCCAUUGCCGUUCUGCUCUUCGUAUCCGGCUUCGCUGUUGGUCUUGGCCCUGUACCGUUUAUACUGGCGAGUGAACUCGUGGGCCCGGAUGCGGUUGAUGCGACACAGAGCAUCGCGCUGGGAGCUAACUGGAUUGCCACAUUUGUCGUGGCCCAAUUCUUUCCGCUAGCGAGCGCAAAGCUGCACGGCAAAGUCUACUUCAUCUUUGCGGCACUAUCCGCUUUCUUCUUUGCAUUUGUCUCGUGGUAUGUUCCAGAGACCAAGGGGAAGAAGAAUGCCGAUGAGGUGUGGGGCAGAGAGCGCAGAAUUGGCACCGCUGCAAACGACGACUUUGAUUUCCACACGUCGCCGGCGCAUGAGCACUCACUGGACCAUGGCGCAAACCAAGAGCGACACGAUCCCCCACCCUCAAUCAUCUCUCCCGCCUUUACCCCUCCAGCCACACCAGGGGUAUCGACUCCUUCGCAUCCCCGGCCACCCCGCUCUAUACCAGUCGAUACCUCGCUCCGCACCGACACUCCUCGCCCAGAUUUGUUGUCGCAGCUCCCCAAGGUCGAGUGCGAGGUGCGCGCGCGCAUACCUACGACCACGGGACAUGAAAUGUGGCUACAUGUGUACAGGAACAACGUCGACACAAAAGAGCAUCUAGCAAUCGUCUUUGGUAACCAAAUACGCUCUCGUUCCCUCGACGCAGAACGUCCAGGAGAGACAGAGCUGGAUCGCAUGACUAGAGGCGCAUAUGUAGGCCGCCUAUACCCAGGCAGAACCAGCUCACGGAUCGAGCAACUCAAGCGCGCGGAAGGCAUUCCGCCAAAAUCCAUGCCAGAUAGUAACAAGGCCAAUGGACCCUUGUCUCCGGCUUCCGCUUCAUCAUCAGAAAACGGAGACGCUCCGCCUGUUUCCUCGUCACAGCUACCACUUGUGCGCAUACACUCCGAAUGCUACACAGGCGAGACUGUCUGGUCUGCGCGUUGUGAUUGCGGCGAGCAGCUUGACGAGGCUGCACGCCUCAUGGCCGACCCCGCGCUGUCUCCUUCGGGCGGCGCUAUCAUCUAUCUCCGGCAAGAAGGUCGUGGCAUCGGUCUGGGCGAGAAGCUGAAAGCAUACAACCUACAAGAUUUAGGAAACGACACGUACGAAGCCAACAUAAUGUUAAGGCAUCCCGCGGACGCGCGCAGUUACGGUCUAGCCACAGCCAUGCUCAUGGAUCUGGGUUUAGAUGGUGAUAGGGGAAUAAGACUCUUGACCAACAACCCCGACAAAGUCCGAGCGGUUGAGGGUCCGAAUAGAGAAGUCGUUGUCCGAGAGCGCGUGGCUAUGGUGCCGCUAGCAUGGAAGACUGGCGGUAUGAAAGGGAUUAAGAGUGAGGAAGUGGAGAAGUAUCUGAGUACAAAGAUUGAAAAAUUCAAGCACAUGUUAGAUCAGAAAUGA